AGUGCUUAAUUGAGAGUUUGCAUAGAAGGUUCGGGAUUUAGGCGUGAGUUUAAAUCAAUAAAAAUAAUACUUUGCGUUUCGAAAAAAUAUUAAUUAAAUUUAAAAACAAAUAAGAUUUCACAAAACAAUUAAAUUAAUUGAAUUGUGUUCGUACGUUUUAAGCAAAUACUUUUUCAAUUAUUAUUGCUUUAAUCGUGUUUCAAAAUGGCUAUGCCCGGCGCUGAAGAUAUAAAGAAACUUAAGGGCUUCAUUGAAUUUGUGCAAGCAAAUCCUACAAUACUAAAUGUACCACAAUUAGAUUUUGUUAAAAAAUUUAUUGAGGGCUUCGGUGGAAAAAUUCCUGAUGGUGAUUUUAAGAUGCCUACUGGAGGAAAAUGCCCAUUUGCCGGUAGUGCUGAAUCGGAUCCCAAGGUCAGUGAAGAAUCUGAUUCUGAAGUUGAAGAAAUUGCCUCAGAUUCUGAAUCGGAAAUUGAAUUGGAUAAUGAAGGAGUUAUCGAAGGAGAUGAUGUUACAGAUUUAAUUAUGGGAGAUUCUAGCAAAACACCAACUGAAGAGGAGGUUGAUCAAGCUAGUGCCAUACGUUCUGAGGCCGCCCAAGCUUAUUCUGAGCAGAAAUUCCAAGAAGCAAUUGAUCUUUACACAAAAGCUAUUGAGUUAAAUCCUGGAAAUGCACUUUUCCAUGCUAAACGCGGUCAAGCAUUCUUAAAGUUGCAAAAGCCGGUUGCUUGCAUUCAUGAUUGCGACAAAGCAUUGGAGUUAAAUUGUGAUUCAGCAGCUGCUUAUAAGUUCCGUGGUAGAGCACAUCGUUUGUUAGGUAAUUGGGAAAGUGCUGCAAAAGAUUUGCGUCAAGCUUGUAAAUUAGAUUUCGACGAAGAAGCUAAUGAUUGGUUAAGUGAAGUAACACCAAAUGCCAAGAAAAUUGAACAACAUCGCGUUAAGUUAGAGCGCAAGAAGUUAGAAAAAGCUCGUAAAGUUCAAGAAGCAGCAGUGCGUGCUGCACAGAAACGAAGAGAACGUCAACAGAAAGAACAAGCUAAAAGUGGUAAUGCUGGUGAUGGUUUUGCUGGCGGUUUUCCAGGCGGGUUCCCAGGUGGUGUACCAUCUUUCAAUGGUUCACAGUUUAAUGAUUUCAUGUCGAACGCAAAGGAUCCAGAAGUUCAAGCUGCGUUUGAGGACAUAAUGAAAAAUCCAGCAAACAUCGAGAAAUAUAAAUCAAAUCCCAAAAUUGCUAAACUAAUUGCUAUGAUACAAGGCAUGAAAGGUGGUUCUGGUGGAUUUCCAAACUUUGGUGGUUUUCCCGGUUUCCCAGGCGGAGCUCCAGAUGACGGAGCAAACGGUAAAGAAACACCUACUGCGGAACCUAAGAAACCUGAACCGAAGAAACCCGAUUUCAUGGAUGAUGGGUUGGAUUAGAAUUAAAAGAAAGUUUUUUUCUCGUAAGUUUUUUUUUUAUUACCAAGCACUGGUCAAAUAACAUUUUGUUCUUUUAAUAAAAUUUUAAAUAUAUGUAUAAUUUUUGGUUCACAAAAAAUGUAUCAUUUUUGAAGGAAUAAGUCUGCGUACGAAACGAAGUCUCGUGUCAUAUAUAAAAAGUAACUUAAAAAUUUGUAUUAGAAUUGUAGUAAUCCUAUUAAAAUGCUUUAAUAAUAAACACAAUUUAUGUAUAAUACAUACAUAAAAAAUUUAAUUAUGAUUAUAUAUUAAGAGCUUAUUGUCAAUAUAAUGAAAACUUAGUUAACACUAAACAACGUUUCCUUAUCGAAUGCUUUAAAUAUAUAAUCGAAAUUUAGUUUUUAUAAAUGAAGCAAUAAUUCAAAAUAAACUGCAUUUAUAC